UUUAACUAGUGAGAGGAAGAGGUUCGAGGCAAGGAUCUCUAGCAUUAUCAAACACUCUCAUCUUCUUCCUACACUCCAAAAAAAUCUUCUCCUCUCUCUUUAAUCACACGUACAUGAUGGACGCGAGGAUCUGCUGCUGCGUCUUCUCGUUCCUUUGUAUCGCUCCAAAUUUUAUUAUUUUUCUCGUUUUUUUAACACCAAUGAAAGAUCCGGUGCCAAAAGUAGAAUUAGCUUCUAUGGAUUUCACGGUGCUUAGUAUUACGCAGACUCGUCUCAGUGCAAAGUGGGAAUUGUCCAUAAGGAUCCCUGAAGAUCUUCCUGGUGAGUAUAUAUGCCUUCAAGGAGAUUUUCAAGCUUCAUUUCUCUACAAGAAUGUUACUCUUGUUACAUCAUCUCCACAAAAAUACUACGGUCUCAAUUACCGCUUGCCUCAGAUUCUUAAAGUUUCAGCCGUUGUCUCCGGGGAAGAUAUGGGCGGUUCCAUUGGAAAAUAUCUCAUGGAAGAUGUUAAAGAGAAGAAGCAAGUGCAGUUUGGAUUGCUAUUUUCUCUUACGGACUGCAGAAAAAAGACGUCGGGAGUUAUGAGCUAUAAGUGCCAUGAGGCUACAUUGAUGUUCGAACCCGGAUCCGAGAUAAAGGCGUCUGUGUUUGGGAAGCAUCCAAGCUGCAUCAAUUUCUGACCAAGUCCACGUCAUCACUAGUUUAAUCUUAGGUUUGGAAAAAAUUUGACAUUACUAAUUAGGGCAAGGGGCUUUAUUUGUAAUGACUUUAGCUUUGGUUAGACUACUAUGGGGUCUAAUGUUUAUUAUAUGACAUUUAAAUAUUUUCUAGGACCUAUUUAAAAUGCAAGGUUUAGAUUGUGGAAGACUUCGGUUAAGCUUG